GCGGAAAUCAAACGAGGAAGUUUUAUAGCGACGGACAGUCCUCCAUAGUCAAUCGUCUGGUAACAUGAGUCGCAAUUGAUCACAGCAAGGUCCUAUUCUUGAUUUGAGUGUUUUUAAAUCGUUUCGGUAUAGAGUUUUCACAAACAUGGAGGCGAGGUUCGACGGCAAGGUGGCGUCGAUCGUCGAGCUCGCCUUCCAAGCCACCGUGUCGGUCUUCAGGGGGGUGUGGGAGGAACAAGCGCCAAACUCGGCUUGGGAAGAAGCGACGAUCGGCCUUCUUGGCGGUCUACGGGAGAUCGAGCGCGGUCUGCUAGCUCAGCUUCAGCGGGUGUUCGCCGAGUUGUGCGACGAGAACGAGGAGCUGAAGAUCAAAGUCGAGCAGUUGGAGGACGUGAUGCAGAGGAAGGCCGGACAACUGGAACAGGAGCUGCACGUCCGGGUAGGACGGCUAGGCAGGGAUAUGGAGCUGCUGGAGAAGGAGCUAAAGAGCAUCAGCGAUGGAGGAACUGCGGCAGGAGAAGUCUCACUGUUGUCAGUCUCCGCCGACCAGACUGCUGCUGACACAGAAUCCAGUCUGAGUGUCUCGGAAGUGGGACAUGACGAGGCAGUCCUGAGUCCUAAAACGGACCCCCAGGCCGCUGUCGCCCCUGUGAUGAUUGUCAGCGGGGUCGGCGGCCCACCCACCAUGCUCAUUGUGGAAGAUGGAGAGUCUCCCACACAGGAGAUAACCGAGGCAUCCUUUGUGACACAACUUGUCCUUCAACCUGCGGUCUCACCGCAAGAUGCUCCAAGUCCCGAUUCCUGCCCACUUAGCAAUAAGAAGCCAGCCCAGGAACAAGCUGAGAAACAGGGCUCAGUGGAAGAAUCUUCAUCAGGAAGACCGAGAAGAACACGAAAGCCAAGCUUCAAAGUGGAAAUGGCUCUGUCAGCGUCCGCCGACAUAAGCAACGACGAGAUGGACUCCGGCGAAGAGGAUGAAAGCCCGAGAAAGAAGGCGCGGCGGAACGUGAAGCGCUUCUCCUGCGAUGAAUGCGACGCAGCCUUCUAUUGGAAGGCCGAUCUGAAAAAGCAUGCGGCGCUCCACAAGCGGCCUUUCCCGCGGCAGCAGUGCGACAGGAGCUUCCCAGAGAAGUCGUCUCUGGAGGACCAGAUACUGAGCCACCAGGUGGCGUCCAAGGCGCCACUGCCCUUCCCGUGCCCGCAUUGCAAGCGCUCAUACCGCAAAGAGGAGUCUCUACAGAACCACCUGAAGCGGCACCAACCCCUGGCGCAGCCUAAGCCUUUCGCCUGUGAGCAGUGCGGGAAGACCUUUCGUGUGGAGCGCUCUCUGGAGAAUCACCUGUUGCGCCACCAGAAGUGGAAGGAGUCGCUCCAGUGCCCGCUGUGCAACAAGACCUGCAAGACGCCGGUGCAGCUGCGUGGCCACAUGGUGGUGCACUCGGACGAGCGGCCCUUCAGCUGCGCCACCUGCGGCAAGGAGUUCAAGAGCAAAGACACGCUCCGUUUCCACCAAAUGGUUCACACCAACGCCAAGAAGUACAAGUGCAACGUGUGCGACGAGACCUUUAAGUAUGCCCAUUCGCUGACCGUGCACAAGCGCAAGCACACCGGGAUCACGCCGUUCGUGUGCGGUGUGUGUGGACGCUCAUACCGCACCGGUACGGCGCUCAAACGGCACAGCGUGGUGCACACGGGUGAGAAACCAUUCACCUGCCACGUGUGCGGCGCACGCUUCAGCCUCAACAACAAUUUGAAGCGACACCUGCGCAUCCACACUGGCGAGAAGCCUUUCACCUGCAAGGAUUGCGGGAAGAGCUUCUCGGAUAACAACAAGCUCAAGUCGCACAUGCUGGUGCACGGAGCCCGAAAGCCAUUUAUGUGCGACCUGUGCGGGAAGACCUUCCUCUUCAAUUGCCGCCUUCAGAUCCACCAGAAAUAUGUGCACGCCAAGGAGGAUGACAAGCCCAAGGUGUUCCCUCAAAGGCAGAGGAACAAGCUUCUGGUCAAGCCGUACAGCUGCAAAAUCUGCCUGGCCAGCUUCAGUGCGGCCUGCUCACUCAAGCUCCACGAGAAGGGCCACAGUGAGCACAAGGAGUUCUCCUGCGCUUUGUGCGGCAAGGCCUUCCACAAUAAGUACUCGUUCCGCUCGCACCAGCGCUCGCACUCGGGCGAGAAGCCCUUCGUGUGCGAGGUGUGCGGCAAGGGCUUUAUCCACGCCGGCAGCCUCAAGCAGCACGAGCGCAUCCACACGGGCGAGAAGCCGUACAAAUGCGAGCAGUGUGGCAAGGCCUUUCGCACCGACGGAAACUUCUACCGUCACCUCCGCAUCCACACAGGAGAGAAGCCCUUUGAGUGCGCUUACUGCCACCGCAAGUUCCACCAGUCCAACCAGCUCAAGUCGCACUUGCAGGUGCACACGGGCCAGAAGCUCUAUUCGUGCCAGACCUGCGGACGAGGAUUCUCUGAUUCGAGGCAGCUCAAGAAGCACAGUUGCGAUGGAACAGUUGUCCCAGUAUUGUUAACAUCUGCAAUAAAUCACACGUCCCCAAAAAUGCCUGAAAGUUUGGUGUUUUAUUCCCAAACUAAUGCCAUUUUGGAGACUCUUAUUAGGUGUGCGCUGGAUUUAACUGCUGGUCAGGUCAAAAUGAACCAUUCUGUGAAGGUAGGAUUUGACAAAAUGGUGGAGCUGCUGGCUCAGGAGGCAAGCAGAAAGAUCAACUGUGUUUUCCUCCAGCUGUUAGACACCACCACUAAGGAAAAGCUGAUCCUUCAGGACAAAGUAAGUGAGCUGGAGCGCCAGUUGAAAGCGGUCACUGAAGACUUUGAUGUCAUCCGAAUAUGGAGGGAGAACGUGUUGACUGGAUGCCCUGUGCUCAAUGAGCAGACGGGAUGGGUCUUCACCCUGAAGCCUUUCGGUGUAUUGGUGAACUCAGAUGAGUUAGCAAAGGAAGACACUGAGUCCACAACGUCAGCCAUCGUCAUACGCAUCAAAGAAGAGUCUGCGUUGGUGGAGGUGAACGGUGGAGCCGAGGCAUCAUCAGCCAGUAGACAAGACAUUGCCGAGGAAGACAACACAGCUGCAUCCUCCGACUCCCAGAAUCCUUUGCAAACUGAAGUCACUAAGAAAGUGUUUGAAUGUGACGUGUGCAGUAAGAGCUUCAGUCGUCAGCUCCACCUCAAGAAACACUUGGACACCCACAAAGAGUCUCUGAGUUGCCACCAGUGUCCCAGGAUCUUCCGCCGCAGGGCUGCACUCGAGCGCCACCUCCUGCGUCACAAGGACAAGACGCUUCACUCCUUCACGUGUCCUAUCUGUGACAAGACCUUCAAGAACAAGAAACUGCUCAAGUCGCACGAAUCGGUUCACGGUGACGACACGCGGCCCUUUGCCUCCGACCAAGUUUCUCAUGGUAAGGCGUUCACCUGCGAAACGUGCGGUGCCGGCUUCACGCUGCAGCAGAACCUCAAGCGGCAUGCCCGCAUCCAUACGGGCGAGCGACCGUUCAAAUGCCACGUGUGCGGCGCCAGCUUCGUCCAGGAUAAGCUGAAGGCUCACAUGCUGCUCCACGGCGCCACCAAGUCUUUCAUGUGUGACUUGUGUGGCAAGACCUUCCUAUACAAUUGGCAGCUAAAGAAGCACCAGAAAGUGGCGCACCAGGAGGGCACUGAGGCAGGCAUGCAGGCAGGACAGCGAAAGGUCCGAGCACGGGAAAACCGCACUGUCAUCUUCAAACGGGACAGGACCACCGUGGAGUUGGCAGCAUUCGCCUGCAAGACGUGCCAACGCGGGUUUGACUCGGAGGUGGCGCUUACGAAACACGAGCUGCUCCAUACGGGCAGCACCCCGUAUGCUUGCGACGUAUGCGGCAAAGCCUUCCUCUACAAGACCACCUUCGACUACCAUCUUCGCACGCACUCGGGCGAGCGGCCCUAUGCCUGCGACGUGUGCGGAAAGACCUUCAUUAUCCACCACGCGCUGAAAUCGCACCGGCUGCGACACACGGGUGAGAAGCCACACGCCUGCGAGCAGUGCGGCAAAGCCUUCCGGGUGUACACCAACUACCGGAGACACCUCAGGAUCCACACGGGCGAGAAGCCGUACGAGUGUGAGGUGUGCGGGGUCAGAUUCCGCCAGCUUGGACACGUCAAGUUCCACAUGCAGGUGCACACGGGCGAGCGGCCAUACGCCUGCUCUGCCUGUGGAAUUGGCUUUUCCGACUCCAGACAACUAAAGAGGCACACGUGUGCUGGGAAAGAGCUGGGGAAGACUUUGCUGACAUCUUGACUCACAAGAAUUGUUUGACACAAUAAAAUAAACAUAUUUUUCACUUUAGUGAA